UGCACUGCACGCAACGAAGGGAGAAGAAAGACGGGCGGGUAUAAAAUUUGGCGGGUUCGUGCCGCGUCUCCUCCCCCCGCUCCUCGAUCCCGCCGGCGAAGCGUUUACUUCUUCUUCUUCUUCGUCCGCGAUCUCGAGGAGGGGAGCGCGAGGGGGGAGGGGCGCGCCCAUGUUUUGAUCUCGCCCGCGUCGUCCCGGCCGCGAUCCAGAUCUGAGGUCGUGAGGUUCUUGAUUGAGCGAUCUCAAGAGCUGUCACUGCAAUGGUCGCCAAGAUGCCGUCAUCCAAAUGGAUCUCGGCCUCCCUGCUCGUCCUGCUCCUGAGCCUGCACCCGGCUGUCCACGCCUUCUAUCUCCCUGGCACCUUCAUGCACACCUACUCCCCCGGAGAGGCGAUCUCAGCCAAGGUCAACUCACUCACCUCCAUUGAGACCGAGCUGCCCUUCAGCUACUACAGCCUGCCAUACUGCAAGCCUCCGGAGGGUGUCAAGAAGAGUGCUGAGAACCUUGGGGAGAUCCUCAUGGGUGAUCAGAUCGACAACUCGCCAUACCGAUUCCGCGUCAAUGUCAAUGAAUCUGUGUACCUUUGCACCACGGACCCGCUCACCAAGGAGCAGGCUGAGCUGCUCAAGAAGAGGGCGCGGAAUCUGUACCAGGUCAACAUGGUCCUGGACAAUUUACCAGUCAUGCGGUUCACUGAUCAGAAUGGGAUGAUAAUCCAGUGGACUGGGUUCCCAGUUGGGUACAACCCGACAGGGAGCAAUGAGGAUUAUAUCAUCAACCACCUCAAGUUCAGAGUCUUGGUCCAUCAGUACCAGGCGCAGGGCGAUGUUGUGGUCACAAGUGAGGAUGGUGUUGCAAUGGUCGAGUCCGAUCGCAAGAGCGGAUUCCAGAUUGUUGGGUUUGAGGUCGUGCCUUGCAGUGUAAGGCGUGAUGCUGAGGCCAUGUCCAAGCUCAAGAUGUACGACAAGGUUGACUCUGUGAACUGCCCAUUGGAGCUUGAGAAAUCUCAGGCGAUCCGUGAGAAUGAGCGGAUUACAUUUACCUAUGAGGUUGAGUAUGUCAAGAGCAACAUCAAGUGGCCAUCAAGGUGGGAUGCUUACCUGAAGAUGGAUGGUGCCAAGGUGCACUGGUUCUCGAUUAUGAACUCAAUGAUGGUUGUGUUCUUCCUGGCUGGCAUUGUGUUUGUCAUAUUCUUGAGGACUGUCCGCAGGGAUCUGACAAGAUAUGAGGAGAUGGACAAGGAAGCACAAGCUCAGAUGAAUGAGGAGCUCUCAGGAUGGAAACUUGUUGUUGGUGAUGUAUUCAGAGAGCCAUGCUGUUCAAAGCUGUUGUGUGUUAUGGUCGCUGAUGGUAUCCAGAUCACCGGUAUGGCAGUUGUUACAAUUGUGUUUGCUGCUCUGGGAUUCCUCUCCCCUGCUUCCAGGGGAAUGCUCCUGACUGGAAUGAUCAUUCUCUACCUCUUCCUUGGCAUCAUUGCUGGAUAUGUUGGUGUCCGUGUUUGGAGGACUAUCAAAGGAACCACUGAAGGGUGGAAAUCUGUCGCCUGGUUGACUGCCUGCUUCUUCCCUGGCAUUGUUUUCGUCAUCCUCACUGUGCUGAACUCCAUUCUGUGGGGCAAGAAGAGCACUGGCGCUAUACCCAUCUCAUUGUUCUUCACUCUCCUGGCUCUGUGGUUCUGCAUCUCUGUGCCACUCACACUUAUCGGAGGCUUGCUAGGUACACGUGCUGCAAGCAUUGACUACCCUGUCCGCACCAACCAGAUUCCACGGGAGAUCCCUGAGCGCAAGUUCCCCUCAUGGCUGCUUGUCCUCGGUGCGGGAACUUUGCCUUUCGGUACCCUCUUCAUUGAGCUCUUCUUCAUCCUUUCCAGCAUUUGGUUGGGAAGAUUCUACUAUGUCUUUGGCUUCCUGUUCAUUGUCCUCUUCCUGCUGGUCAUAGUCUGUGGUGAGGUUUCUCUUGUCCUAACCUACAUGCACCUUUGCGUGGAGGACUGGAAAUGGUGGUGGAAGGCCUUCUUUGCUUCUGGUUCUGUCGCAUUCUACGUUUUCCUCUACUCUAUCAACUACUUGGUGUUCGACCUCAGGAGCCUGAGUGGACCAGUCUCUGCAACACUCUACCUUGGCUACUCCUUGAUCAUGGCUCUUGCAAUCAUGCUCUCCACCGGUGCCAUUGGCUUCCUGCUCUCAUUCUACUUCGUCCACUACCUCUUCUCAUCUGUUAAGAUCGACUAGAGGUGCCUGCUCCCUCUUGCUGCAAUAGAGUCACCUGAUCAUGGUGACAGUUACCCCUUAGAAACACUACACAAUAAUAUCAAACGGAAGAAAAAACUGGAUACAUGGCAACGCCCAUGGCUUUUGGCCCUGAUUAAUUCAAUCAUUUAGGAUAGCACAGUUACUCGAGUCGAAGCUUAUUUCUUAGACAUGUUUGUAAGGUUUCAGCUAUGUUUUAUCAACUUUUGUAAUACUAUUCAGUUUUGCUUGCUCUGGGCAUUUGUGAGCAGCCUCUGGUGUUGGAACACUCUAUUCAAUAUGAAACAAGCUUAUUCGUUUAGGCAUUUGUGAGCAGCCUUUGGUGUUGGAACACUCGAAUUCUAUUCAAUAUGAAACAAGCUUAUUUGUUUA